CGUUUUAAGUGUUGGUGUCAAACUAGAAGCAGCAAAGCAGCUAGUAUACUGAUACUGCAUUAAUUGUAUUUAAAUAUGCUUGUAAUCUUAUAGUAUCGGAGAGAACAUGCACUGCACCUGGUUGGUGCUGCUACUGACCCUAGCUACUGUUACCAGGAGUGAGCACUAUCACAUUGUGCCAGUGGAUUCAACCGACUUGUGUCAUGACUAUCAAAAUGGAACUUGUUUCACUCUCGAGCAGCUUGUUCAAACAGCCCUGUUAUCUGGUGGAGACAAUCUCACCUUGAGCUUUCUACCUGGAGAUCAUAUAUUAAGUGAAAUGCUUUACAUUUGUAAUUUCACAGAGGUGAUUAUUGCUGGCCAAAAUGCCACCAUCAGUUUGAACAAUUCUGGUAGAGUGCAGUUAUCUAAUAUCAGUGCAUUGAGUAUUGAAGGUUUGCAUUUCACUGGAGCAGGUGAUGAAAGUAGUUCAGGCUACAUGAACAUUUCUCAAUGCAAUAUGGUAGACUUGAAAUUGCUGAAGUUGGAAGCUUGUACACUCGGGAUCACUCGUACGGUAACUGUGACGAUUGAACAAGUUCUCUUCGUGAACAACACUAGCACUGACAGAGCAUUGAUGGUUGAAGCUGAUAAUGUGUACAUUGAAAAGAGCGACUUCUUCAGUAACGAUGGUGGUGCAGCUUACAUUCACUCAAAUCAAACUGUUAUUAAUGGUUCAAAGUUCAAUUCUAAUACUGCUACAAUGGGGGGAGCAGUGUUUGUGGUCUCUGCAAGUGUGACUAUCAGUUGGAGCAACUUUACAAAUAAUAUUGCUGAAAGUGGUGGAGCAAUUAGAUCUAUCGCCUACAAAAGUAAUUUGUUCAUUUCCAACUGUGCGCUACUGAACAAUAGUGCUAUUGUUGGUGGAGCAAUUAAUAUCUGGUUUGGGAGUGUCUCAAUCUCCGACAGUGAGCUAGCGUACAACAGUGCUGAAAAAGCAGGUGGAGCGAUUUUGAUUUUUGAUGGAGAGUUACUAAUAUCCGAUAGCAAGCUAACAAACAACAAGGCACCCUCUGGUGGAGCGAUUGGACUUUACAUGGGUAAUGCAUCUAUCUUGAGCUGUAAUAUAACGGACAAUGAAGCUGUAGUUGGUAAUGGAGGAACUAGUCUUCCUACUAGCGCUGGUGGAGCAAUUUUGUGUUUUUUGUUGUUGGUGGCACUGUGA